CGGCGUUGUUCACUUGUCACUUCAUCCGGGUGUGUGUGUGUGUGUGUCAGUCCACUCCAGCUCAUGUCAUAGUAUAGGUCACGAUGCUCGUCAAGGAAUUUCGAGUCAUCCUACCACUCACAGUUGACGAGUACCAAGUGGCACAGCUGUACAGUGUUGCAGAAGCAAGUAAAAAUGAAACUGGAGGAGGGGAAGGUAUUGAGGUCCUUAAAAAUGAACCAUUUGACAACCACCCACUACUGGGGGAAAAGUACUGCAAAGGGCAGUAUACCUAUAAGAUCUACCACCUGAAAAGCAAAGUACCGUCCUUCAUCCGUCUCUUAGCACCAGAGGGCUCACUUGAGAUUCAUGAAGAAGCUUGGAAUGCUUACCCUUACUGUAGAACCAUCAUCUCGAACCCAGGCUACAUGAAGGAGGGAUUUUAUAUAACAAUAGAGACACUACAUGCACCUGAUGAUGGGGAGUUGGAGAAUAACCCUGGCUAUAUGAAGAAAAACUUUGUUAUUUGCAUUGAGACCCUUCAUGCUGCUGAGGCCAGCACCCUGGACAAUGCUCACAGACUGACAGGAGAAAAGCUCAAGAUACGGGACGUAGUGACUAUUGAUAUCGCCAACGAUCCUGUCAAGACAUCUGACUAUAAACCUAGUGAAGAUCCAACUAAGUUUAAAUCACAGAAAACUGGUCGGGGUCCUUUGCAAGGACCACAGUGGUGGAAGAAGUGUGAUCCAGUGAUGACUUGCUACAAGUUGGUGACAUGUGAGUUCAAGUGGUUUGGGCUACAGUCACGUAUAGAAAAGAUAAUCCAGGAUGUUGAGCUCAGACUAUUUACAAACUUUCAUAGGCAAGUGUUUUGUUGGAUGGAUCGGUGGUAUGGCAUGAACAUGGAUGAUAUUCGACGAUUGGAGGACAAAACAAAGGAGGAACUUGAUCAGCAAAGACAGAUUGGGGAAGUACGAGGUACAAAGGAUGAUUAGACCUGGAGUAGCCUUACUCAUCUCAUGACACUGCAGUAACAAACCCUGUGUGUGCUGUAACCCUCUAGUCUGCAGAGGAGCUAUAUAAAACAGACAAGCAGUAUGUUCAGAUUUGUAUUAAGUCCUUCUCUAUAGUAUAACGGUUUAGAACAUUACAAAUAUGCUGAAAUAAUAAGAAAAUCAGUAUUUUUCUGACCAAAUGAAAAAGAAGCCAUUCUUAUGAUUAAGAGCAAAGAAACAAUUUUGGUGUGUACUUUGAAAGUUAUCACUUAAUUAUAUCAAUGAGGAAAACAAGGUAGUCAGUGCAUCAUAACCCUCCUGGCUAGUGUCUCUCACCUCUUAUUCCUAACAUGAUUGUAGUAUAAUAGUGAAGUAAGAACUGUAAAGGUGAUACAUACUGUAGAUUGGCCUGGAUACACUAUUCAAGAAGGGCAGGCCAUAAGGGAGGAAUGGGCAGCUAGUCAAAGAAACUAGGAAACAUAAUUUUGGACUCGUAGUAAUCCAUGACUGUGAAGUAGAGACAACUGCAUGCCUGUAGGAAAAAAAUAUCCAAUGUUGCAGCUAAUCAGUAUACAUUUGUAAAUGGGAUCAUAUUAAAGUUUGGCAAUUUCUGUCAAUGUCAUUGUCUGUUACAUGUAGGUACUGUGCAAUGAUUUUUGUGUGAUAGAUUCUUUUCAGAGUUUAAGGUAAGUUGCUCCUGGAAAAUUUCCAAAUUAACAAUACUUUUGACAAUUUUGGGUUAACAUUUCUGGGCCCCUGGUGCAGUUAUUUUGUGUGUAAAUAUUGAUCCCCCAAAUUGUGUGUAUGCACCUUUAUUAUGAAGUCAAUCCUUUUAAAUCAGUAUACCCAUGAGGAGGUAUAUACUGGUGUACUCAACCAUUUUCAUACAUAUGUUUACACACACACACACACACACAUACAUACAUACAUACAUACAUACAUACAUACAUACAUACAUACAUACAUACAUACAUUGCAUACAUACAUACAUUGCAUACAUACAUUGCAUACAUACAUUAAACAUAGUAUGUCUCAUUUUGUGCCUGAAGAGUGAUGGCUAUGCAUGAAGACUCAAUUAAGCUUUAAGCCAGACAAAACUAUUGUAGAUGAUAAGAAAGCUUGAGCAUUCACCCUAUACUCUGUUCAUGGUAAUUUAUGGGUUAGUGACCCUCAUGUGUGAUGGGUUAGCUAGUCCUAGAUUUUGAUGUAUCAGUGACAGACUUUGUCCACACCACUGACAAUAAAUGAAUGCCCUUCCAAAACUUGAUACAAUAUAGAAUAAGUGUCUAAUUUUGAAUAUAUACAUAUAUAAAAGGACUUUUAGCUGUUA